AUGCCGCGUACGCUAUUACUUUGCUUCAUCCAUGGUUUCAAGGGUACCGAUAAUACCUUUCAUGAAUUUCCAUAUGACCUCAAAAGCGCCGUCGCCAAGCAACUGCCAGAAGACAAGGUCGAGUCCGUCGUCUAUCCAAAGUAUGAAACGUCUGGAGAACUAGCCCAAGCCUCCGAGGGCUUCCUCGAAUGGCUCAAGGAGCGGGUUAUGGAUAUUCGAAAGAAAAGGUCCGAGAAGCCAUGGCCCCCUCAUGAUAGAGACGUCGGCGUCAUCCUUGUUGCACACAGCAUGGGAGGCUUCGUUGCAGCAGACUCUCUGUUCCUGGCCAUAAACGAAAGAGCCAACAAUGGAGAUGAGAACGAUCCCCUCUUCCCUUUAAUUCAAGGCAUUCUGACAUUUGACACUCCUUACAACGGCCUAGCCCGCUCCAUGUUCGUCUAUGGCGCCUUCUCUAACUACCAAAAAGUCAACAGCGUCUUCAAUGUCAUGACAGCUUUAUCUGCUGCCGCACCCGCUAGCCUUGCUCGCCUAAGUGCUGGGCGCGCCGCUACUACCGCCGUUACCACCAGUACACGAGGACCUCAGUGGAAGACAUGGCAACUGGUAGCUGUCAAGACGGGCACAGUUGGCGCCAUCGCAGCUGGUGGCGUAGCGGCUUACAUGAAUCGAGAAGCUAUCAUCCAAGGAAUGAAGAGCGUCAAGAACAUCAAUAAAGAGUCCGUCGCCGAAGGAUACCGCCAAAGUAUGGAUGCCCUCGGUCAAGGUCUGGCUUACAUCAACCGCGGCAAUGUUGGAAAGUCCUUCGCCUGGCUUUCAGAUCACGUCACCUUCGUCGGCGCACUCCUUAGACAGAAAGAGCUUAACCGCCGGUUGGAACGUAUUGGCGCACUCAAGGGUGUUGGCCUGCAUGACUUUUACUGUUCCCUCGGUGAGAAUGGCUACUGGAGUGGAGGCUAUUUUGUCCCCGAGCGAACAUUCUGUGCUGUUCCGGAAGAAAGCCACUCAGCGUACCCGAUCUUCGAAAGAUGUGUCAUGCUCAGGGCGGAUGAUGAAGUCGAAGCGCACAUGAACAUGUUCAGGCCUGAGAAGCAUCGCGGAUACGAGGAUAUGACAGAAAAGUCGGCCGAACUUGUCAAAGAGUGGUUCCUAAACGAAGAGAACAUCGUCGACGAUCCCAAGUUCCGAGAAACACCACCCGAAGAGACCGAGGAAACUGAAAAGGCUAAAGAGAUCCUUGAGAAAGAUCCAGGUGCAGAAGGAAAUGAAAAGGCCGAUGGUGCGGAGGACAAGGACAAAGACGAUGAAUUCCCGGACGAGUCGCCUCUCGAUAUUGCAAAUGCCGCGUCCCUUGUACCACUUCCUGACGACAAGGGAGAUGAUCUUAUCGGCGAUGCUAAUAUUGAAGGUGCCGACACCAUCGAGAAACGAAAUUACCUCAACUACCUCUUCGGCGUCGCUCAAUCGGCCGGUACUAAUACCAAAGGUUGGCUGCCAAACAAGAUCCCUCAGAUGCCAAAUCUACCUAGCAUGCCAAACAUGCCCAAGGUCCCUAGUUCUGUGUCAUCUCUGGGAAACGUUUCGAUGCCCAGUAUGAGAAUCUGGGGCAAGAAAGAAGGUGAUGCUCAAGGAGAGGGUGAGAAGCAGGAUUCUGAGCAAAAGAAUCUCAGUGAGUCUGAAAGUAAGACAGCUGGUGAAACCAAAGCAGAGGCAGAGGAGAUGAAGGAAGCAGCAGAACAAGAUAAGGCUGAGGAUGAUGCUCAAGAGAGUGCUGGAGACAAAACAGAGGUUGCCAACAAGAUGGAGACGGAAAGUGACAAGAAAAUGGGUUAA